AUGUCAAUAUCUGCAUAUUUACAUGAUAAAUUAUUUAAUGAAACCCUUUUUUUUAUUUUUUGUAACCAACUUCAGCUCAUUGGCCGAACUCCUCUUGUAUAUCUUAACAAAGUCACUGAAGGCUGUGGAGCUUAUAUUGCUGUCAAGCAAGAAAUGAUGCAACCUACUGCUAGCAUCAAAGACAGAGCAGCACAUGCCAUGAUUAUGGAUGCUGAAAAGAAAAACUUAAUUACCCUGGGAAGGUUAACAACUCUGAUAGAGCCCACAUCAGGAAAUAUGGGGAUCAGUAUGGCAUUUAUCUCAGCCCUCAAAGGAUACUUUUCAAAUCCUGCCAACACCUUGGUGCAUUUUGAAACUACAGGUCUUGAGAUAUGGGAAGAUACUUAUGGACAAGUUGACAUUUUUGUCAUGGUAAUUGGUAGUGGAGGCACUGUCUUUGGGGUCAGACAGUACCUUAAAUCCCAAAAUCCUAAUGUAAAGAUAUAUGGAGUAGAACCUGCAGAAAGUAACGUAUUGAAUGGUGGUAAACCAGGUCCUCAUCAGAUUACUGGCAAUGGGGUUGGGUUCAAACCAGGUAUUUUGGACAUGGAUGUAAUGGAAAAAGUUCUUGAGGUUAGUAGCGAAGAUGCAGUAAAUAUGGCCAGGGAAUUAGCAUUGAAGGAGGGACUUAUGGUAGGAAUAUCAUCUGGAGCCAAUACAAUUGCAGCACUCAGACUCGCUAAUAUUCCAGAGAACAAGGGCAAACUUACUGUGACUAUUCAUCCAAGUUUUGGGGAGCGAUACUUGUCAUUUGUCCUGUUUCAAGAGCUGAGGAAAGAAGCUGAAAACAUGCAACCAGUUUCAGUUGUCUAA